UGGCAGGCACUGGGCGGGCAAUGAGUUCUUUCCUUGGAAGUUGGGCACAAAAAGAUCGGCAUGGGAGCAGCCUCCUUUUAGACGGCUGCUCCGAGAGAGAAUGCAAUAAGCAAGGAGCAGCCAGAAAUUCCUCCUAGCAGAGGGUGACUUGUGGGAGGAGUUUUGUUUGCCAAGUAUUGUCAUUUGCUGAGAGAAGGUGUGUGCUCAAGAAGGAAUUUUAACCUGGAGGAUCAUUAACUCUUUUAGUCAGCUGGGGAGCAGCAGUGGCUCAGAGAGUUCAAGUUCGUCCUGGAAGUGUCUGCUCAAGAAGGUCAGAGAGGAGAAGUGGGAUAACUUUUUCAUGGGGGACCACUUUGAGAAGGGCCAGCACGCUUUGCUCAAUGAAGGAGAAGAGAACGAGAUGGAGAUAUUUGGCUAUCGGACUCAAGGCUGCCGGCAAACCCUCUGCAUUGCUGGAUCCAUCUUUUCAUUUGGAAUCCUCCCCCUGGUGUUUUAUUGGAGGCCAGCUUGGCACGUAUGGGCAAAUUGUGUCCCAUGUUCCUUGCAAGAAGCAGAUGUUGUGUUGCUGAGGACAACAGAUGAAUAUCAAAUUUACUCUCGGAAAAAGGUAAUGUGGAUCUACCUGUCAUCAUUAAACAGCGCAGUUGGUCUCACUCCUGACCACCCUCUCAUUACAGAUGAGGAGUGUAUCAUAAAUAGAGCCAUAAGAAAGCCAGAUCUAAAGGUGAGAUGCAUAAAAGUGCAGAAAAUAAGAUACGUUUGGAACAACUUAGAAGGACAGUUCCAGAAAAUUGGCUCUUUGGAAGACUGGCUCAGUUCUGCCAAAAUACAUCAAAAAUUCGGAUCAGGUCUAACAAGAGAAGAACAAGAAAUUAGGAGGUUAAUAUGUGGGCCUAAUACUAUUGAUGUUGAAAUCACACCAAUUUGGAAACUGCUCGUCAAGGAGGUUCUAAAUCCAUUUUACAUAUUUCAACUCUUCAGUGUCUGUUUGUGGUUCAGUGAAGACUAUAAGGAAUACGCUUUUGCCAUCAUAAUCAUGUCCGUCAUUUCCAUUGCUUUGACAGUGUAUGAUCUCAGGGAGCAAUCUGUAAAACUUCACCAUCUAGUUGAGUCACAUAAUAGCAUUACAGUCUCUGUAUGUGGGAGAAAAGCUGGAGUUCAAGAGCUGGAAUCACGCUUUCUGGUGCCCGGAGAUUUAUUAAUUUUGACAGGGAAAAAAGUACAAAUGCCAUGUGAUGCUGUGCUGAUUGACGGCAGCUGCGUGGUGAACGAAGGCAUGCUGACAGGAGAGAGUAUUCCAGUCACUAAAACUCCAUUACCCAAGAUGGAUAGCUCCCUGCCCUGGAAAACACAGAGUGAAGCGGAUUACAAACGGCAUGUCCUCUUCUGUGGAACAGAGGUGAUCCAGGCCAAGGCAGCAUGCUCUGGGACCGUGAGAGCAGUGGUACUGCAGACUGGCUUCAACACUGCAAAGGGAGACCUUGUGAGAUCCAUUCUCUACCCUAAGCCAAUGAAUUUUAAGCUCUACAGGGAUGCUAUCAGGUUCCUCCUGUGCCUUGUGGGGACAGCCACCAUUGGGAUGAUCUAUACUCUGUGUGUCUAUGCACUCAGCGGGGAACCUCUAGAGGAUAUGGUGAAGAAGGCCCUUGAUGUCAUCACGAUUGCAGUUCCUCCUGCUCUACCUGCUGCUCUGACCACAGGCAUUAUCUAUGCCCAGAAGAGGCUGAAGAAGAGAGGCAUCUUCUGUAUCAGCCCCCAGAGGAUCAAUGUGUGUGGACAAUUAAACCUUGUCUGCUUUGACAAGACAGGUACCUUAACAAGGGAUGGCUUGGAUCUCUGGGGAGUCGUGCCCUGUGAUAGGAAUGGCUUCCAGGAUGUCCACAGCUUUGCCUCGGGCAAGGCGUUGCCGUGGGGCCCGCUGUGUGCGGCCAUGGCCAGCUGCCACUCUCUGAUCCUGCUCGAUGGGACCGUCCAGGGAGACCCUCUGGACCUCAAAAUGUUUGAAGCUACCACCUGGGAAAUGGCUGUUUCCGGGGACAAUUUCCACACCAAGGGAGUGCCGGCACACGUGAUGGUGGUUAAGCCCUGCAAAACAGCCAGCCAGGUCCCAGUCGAAGGAAUUGCAGUCCUGCAUCAGUUCCCAUUCUCAUCAGCACUGCAAAGGAUGACAGUCAUUGUCCAAGAGAUGGGGGGUGACCGACUGGCUUUCAUGAAAGGUGCACCAGAGAGGGUGGCCAGCUUUUGCCAACCUGAGACAGUACCAACUAGUUUUGUUAGUGAACUUCAGAUUUACACGACACAGGGCUUUCGGGUCAUAGCACUGGCCUACAAGAAGCUGGACACGGAUCACCACAUGACUGCCUGGACCAGGGAGAAGGUAGAAUCAAACCUGAUAUUUCUGGGCUUGCUAAUCUUGGAGAAUCGAUUGAAGGAAGAGACUAAACCUGUCUUGGAAGAGCUCAUCUCAGCUCGGAUAAGGACUGUAAUGAUCACAGGUGACAAUCUUCAGACUGCAAUAACAGUGGCCAGAAAAUCUGGAAUGGUUUCUGAAAGCCAGAAAGUCAUUCUCAUUGAGGCAAAUGAAACCACUGGGUCCUCAUCAGCAUCUGUAUCUUGGAAAUUAGUAGAAGAGAAGAAACACAUCAUACAUGGGAAUCAGGACAAUUAUAUUAACAUCAGGGAAGAAGUCUCUGAUAAUGGCAGAGAAAGAAGUUACCAUUUUGCCCUAAGUGGAAAAUCCUUUCACAUUAUAAGUCAGCAUUUCAGCAGCCUACUGCCAAAGAUACUGAUCAAUGGGACUAUCUUUGCAAGAAUGUCUCCUGGGCAGAAAUCCAGUCUGGUGGAAGAAUUUCAGAAACUGGAUUACUUUGUAGGUAUGUGCGGCGAUGGAGCCAACGACUGUGGGGCUUUGAAAAUGGCUCACGUGGGCAUCUCUUUAUCAGACCAGGAGGCAUCUGUGGCUUCACCUUUCACUUCCAAAACUCCAAACAUUGAGUGCGUACCACAUCUUAUCAAGGAAGGACGUGCAGCUCUCGUUACUUCAUUUUGCAUGUUUAAGUACAUGGCUCUAUACAGCAUGAUUCAGUAUGUUGGUGUUCUGCUGCUCUACUGGGAGACAAACAGCCUUUCAAAUUACCAGUUUCUGUUCCAGGAUCUGGCCGUUACAACUAUUAUUGGGGUAACAAUGAAUCUGAAUGGUGCCUACCCCAAGUUGGUGCCUUUCAGACCUGCAGGACGGCUGAUUUCCCCACCUCUUCUGCUCUCUGUGAUCUUCAACAUUCUUCUCAGCCUGGCCAUGCACAUUGUGGGCUUCAUCCUGGUUCAGAGACAGCCUUGGUAUUCCAUGGAGAUGCACAGUGCCUGCACAGUGCAAAAUGAAAACGUCUCAAUGUUAACUAUUUAUCCAACUGCUCCAGAAAAAGUUGGAAGUAAUGGUGCCUUCACAAGCUUUGAGAACACCACUAUAUGGUUCUUGGGAACAAUCAACUGUAUCAUUGUGGCUCUCAUAUUCUCAAAAGGAAAGCCAUUUAGACAGCCGACCUAUACAAACUAUAUAUUUGUCCUUGUGCUGAUCAUACAGCUGGGUGUGUGUCUAUUCAUUCUAUUUGCUGAUAUACCAGAUUUAUAUAGGCGUUUGGAUCUGCUCUGCACUCCUGUCCUGUGGAGAGUCUACAUCAUUAUCAUGCUCACCUUCAAUUUCAUCGUGUCCCUUAUUGUGGAGGAGGCCAUUAUUGAAAACAGAGCUCUGUGGAUGAAAAUUAAAAGGUGUUUUGGCUAUCAGUCAAAAAGCCAGUAUCGGAUAUGGCAAAGGGACUUGGCAAAUGACCCUAGUUGGCCACCAAUAAACCAAACCUCCUACUCCGACAUGCCAGAAUGUGGUAAUGGAGUGUCCUACAGCAAUCCAGUAUUUGAGAGCAAUGAGGAACAACUUUGAAGGAAAUGUGAUAUCCACAUUGACAUCACAGAGAAACAAUGACAAAAGGGACCAGUUUCAGCGAUUUUAAAGAAAACAGACUCUUGCAAUAUCAGUUUGAGUUUUUGGGAUACCUAUGAAAUCAUAGUGGCAAAUUAAGGUCUAUUUGAUAAAAUACUCUCUGCAGAGAAGAACAUUGUCCCAGAAGAGUCAUUGCCUCUUGGCUUCUGAAAGUACUGGAGAUGUUCCCUGCAGCAAGAAUGGACCAAGGACUGCCAUGGACCAAGAGAACAGCAGGCUAAAGGGGAGAAUAUGUAGUCUUUCUUCUUAAGACAAUAACUUUCCUUUUUUUUUAAUGAGUUGAGGGGAAUUAGUAUUAUGUAUACUCACAGAGUUGUAACAUGUUGAAGAUCAUUUUUGAAUUCUUACUUUAUUGAUGGAAAAACUAAUGCAUGGGCACCAUCACACUAAUCAUCACUGUCUGAUUUUCUUUUCUUUGUAGUACUUUUCAGAUUUGAGGCUUUUUCUUCUGCUUCUGGCCUUCCUUUACAUGUUAUUAAGGAUAAGCUCAACAUAUGCUGCAAUAACAAACAACCCCCAAAUCUCAGUUCCUUAACACACAAGAGCUUCUUUUGUGGUCCAAGUGACUCUCUAGAACAGCUGUCCUGAGACUGGUGACAGCUUCAAUCUGAUGGCUCUGCCACUUCAACACAAGGACCCCAUGUUUGCUGUGACGGGGAAGAGAAGAGGCUGGUGUGGGCUCUUUACUGCCCCAACCUGCAAAUGACACACCUUUCUUUCCCCGCUCACCUGCCAGGGCUUGGCCCAGGAGUUGGGAAGUACAGUCUUUUGUGUUUAGGGCUGCUUCAGAGGCUUGUGACCUGUGACUACACAGGGCUCCAUGUUUAGAAGGACCCCACACUUGGUUUAAUGCUCUGCUAUUUCCAUCUUGAAAUUCUUAAUUUUCAAACAAGAGUCCCCACAUUUUUAUUUUUUGCUGGUCCCCACAAAUGACAUGGUUGGCCUGGGUUGUAUUCUUGGGAAGGAAAGGAAAGUAGCAGAUCAAAGAGCACUAAUACUAUCCACUGAGCUCGACUUCUCCUGAUCUUAUGAAUUUCUCCUAUGUUUUAGGAAUUCCUCAUCUCACAUGCCCAAUUCCAGGAACUUUUCUCCUCUGCUCUGUUAUUUUUGAGAAACAUUAGUCUUGUGCUACAGCACUAUAUGUCAUCAUGUAAGUCCUCAUACAACACAUCUUUUUUUUUUUAAGUUUAACGCUUCAGUUUCCACAAAACUAAAAUUUCCCUCAUUUUAUCACUGUUAUAAUUUGGUUACAUUAGAUUCAUUCAGCAUAGAAAACAACCAGGUUUCUGUUAGCUCAGGAGACAAUGCUUAAUUCUAGGAGAAUAUCCACCAUAGUAUUUUAAAGCAAAAGCAGAAUUUUCAUUUUGAACAUAAAAUCCUAAGUGAAUAUUGUGAGCAGUGGGUGAGUGUUGUGGCCUGGGCUAGCUUUGCUACCUAUGUGUAGCACCUGCAAGAAUUCCUUUCCCUGACUGAGCUCUUGAGCAUGGUUGGUAGCUCUGAGACUGCAGCUGAUUCUGAGAACGUGAUGUCUCUUAGCCUCUAGGAUACCUUGUUGCUUCUGGUUUUAAAACAGAGCAUGAAGAUAUAUCAGUGUUUCAAGGCUGUGGAAUCAUUUUCUUUUUUGGUACAGAAACAAAUGUUUCCUUUUGCAAAGUCAGCCUCAGUAGUGAUAUGGCAGCUCUGAAUGUCCUUUUCUAAAACUGAUAGUUUUUCUCAUUUUCCAAAAGUGUAGGGUUAUGGGCAGAGAAAAGCUGGAGAUAGUCUACGACCUAGUCAGGAGCAAGGUCAGUGUACACAGUUUGUACUCAACAAGCCCCUUUCCAAGUGCUUCCACUUCCACUGACUCACUUGAAUUGCACAAUUCUCUUGCUACUGGACAAGGAGGGGCUUAUCAUUCCCACCACAUGGAUGAGAAAACUGGGAUUCAGGAUGACAAGAGCAGAUCCAGGCCUUAAACACAGAUCUUCUGAGCAAACCUUAUAUUGCUUCCAAAUACUUUCUAAUUACAGAGCUCUAGUAGGGCUGUAUGUUCAGUGUGAUCCCAGGGUCACACAGUCAAGCAAAGAAUUGGUUUCCCAUUUGCCAGGUGGAAGGAGGUGAUAACCCUUUGCUAAUACCAGAGCCUCUGUUCAAAUGAAUGCCUAAAUGCCAGGCAUCUUGCCAUGCCUGGGGUAGAGGUGCAUUAAAAACAAAACAACACCAAAAAUUGAUUGUCUGUUUGUCUUUUGGAGACUAUGAGUUACUCUUGCCUUGGUCCUUAGUGAUUCUAUCCUCACCAAUUUCCAAAUGGCUGGCAGAGAACAGGGAUAAAAGACUCUGGUUCCCCACCAGCCAAGCAGCCCUAAAAUCUUUGCCAAAAGGGACUCAUUUUGGAGACUGUAUUCCUGGGACUAACUACAUCUUAGAAGCAGUAAUUGAAGGAAAGGGAGUGCUUAGCUUGGAAAAAAGGAGUCGGGAGACUGUGAAGGGUUAUCAUAGGAAAGAAGGCUCUGCUUGUGCCAGGUGGCAUGAGAAGGCAGAAUCAGGACAAGUGGGUAAAGGUCACAUGGGGAUGGUGUCAGGCUGAUGUGAAGAUCACUGCCCUAACAGCCAGCACUGGUGGACAUGGAAGCUGGUGACCACGUGAUGUGCACUCUUUGACGUUGGAGGUACAAGUGGCUACUCAAAGACCAAUUAGAGAAGGGAGUCAAGUAUCAGAAGAAACUCAAUUACCUGCAAGAUUCCUUUCAGGCUUGAUACGCCCAAUGUCUCAGUCUUAUGCUGUGAUGUGAACCAUUCACUACUGCUGCCCACACAGAACUGAUAUCAGACUGACACUCGUGGGGGAGAUGGGCUGGGAGAGAGGGCUCCCAGCCCUGUGAGAGCCUGUGGUGUUGGCAUGUAGACUUGCCUGCACUGCACCUUGAACAGGGCUUCCCAAUGGUAAUAAGAGUCUAGAAAAGAGGGACAAAGUGAGGGGUUGUGACUUCCAAAUUGACAGCUGAAGGAAUACUUUUCAUGGGUAUUUUCUUAGAGAGGGGCAUUUACUUUUGAGUAAAAGAGCAUGGAAGAGUCCCCCAAACUCCAGAGCACAGGAACCUGCUACCAAUACACUUUCCUGACCAGGACCAGGAGGAGAAAAGGACACAAUCACAGGAUCAAAAUCAUCUGAGAGGGUCCCCUGUACCUUCACCCCAUGGUGUCCAGCUCUCACACACAGAGAACCCUGACUCUGGGCUCCCCUCCUGAAACAUGUAAUGAUCUGAGCAUGGAAAUACGCCUGUGCCAUCUGUGUCCUUAUGUGCUCCCCAAAGUGUGCAUGUACAUACUUGCCAAUGUGAUGACUGAAAAAAGUGACUAUUUAUUCAGAGCCUUGUAUUUAGUUUAUGCCAUAAUAAAUUAUUCUGUACAAAA